AUGCGAUUAGUAAAGACGCUUCCUACAACACCAUUGCUUCUGGCAUUACUAGCGCUUUUCAAUGCAUCAGUCGAAGCAGUUCCGACUCCAUUGCCUUCCGUUCGAGCACGCCGCUCUUCAAAAGGAGUUGAACUCACAUCGUUCAACGCCCAGAAGUAUGAGCUUUGCGCAGGAGAAUACUGCAUCGUUAAAGAGAAACCACCGAAAAAGGAAACGAUACAACUACCUCCAGAAAUCACCUUGCAGGACUACUUCAUUCAAUGGGAAAUCUGCGAUGGUCACCAAGUGACAGUCGUUGAAGCCACUUGCCCUCAAGUACCGUUCUGCGAGAACGUUCAGCACUGGUUCUGUACAGCUAACGUGCUGAACCCAAAAUGUUCACCUCGAGCAGCGAUUAUAGUAAUUGCGAUCGGCCUCUGCCUUACUAUUACACUGAUCUACGUUCUUUGUUACAUACCUAUAACGCUAGGCAUACCAUGCCAGAUUCUCUGCAAAAUUCUUGUUCUCUGCAUUGGAGCAGUACCGCGAUCAAUCUUCCAACUUUGGCUGCAUUUUCAACGGAGACGAGAAAGGAUUCGAACAAGAGCGAGAAAAGAAAUGUUCCUUCAUUCUCCGCUUUCUCUGGUAGUUCUCCUCUUGUGUGUCUCGGUGGCAGAAUCCUGUCAAAUCGUCGACAUCUUCCAGCUGAAAACUAACGUAUGCAUCCAGUCAGCUACUAACAAUGAGACUUGUACUAUCGAUACGACGCAGAUGCUAAAGAUGACCACCAUCCAACUGUUCCACAAGAACGAGGAACUGUGA